AUGUUCAACUGGAUUAUCCCAACGCGAUACGCAGUGGAUUUGAAUGGAUAUCGCAGCAAAUUGGGCAGUAGCUCAAUCUCCAAUAACAAGGUCCGUGUAGCCGACAACCGAAUACAGGAUGGACCAAUGGACCCCUCUCCAAAGCGCGGCCACUCCGAGAGGGAAGCAGUUUGGGCACAAGUCCUUCGAACAGAGCCGCAUUGCGGUGGUGUCGACGAAGCCUACAUGCAUGGGAACGGUCUCCAUCCAGGUAUCCAAUGCGUCGGAGGGGGGUAUCGUGAGAGAAUCCCAGGGAUUGCUAGGGCUUCCCGUGGGAUUGAAUUGAUAUGUAGGUCGUUGGUUGCCUUGUGCGAACCACCUGCGAACCCCUCAUUCGGGUUCCGGUUCCCGCUUUGCAACUAUUGGAACUGCUUCGAGUCAUCUCAUAUCGAUGAUCUCUCUGUCCCAAGUGCUGUUGUGUUCCGCAUCUCCUCAACGUGGAUCCAUCUCUAG